UUUUUUUUUGGGGGGGGGGGGUACUGGACAGAGGAUGUUCCCUGCCGCAAUGGUGAAGAAUGAAGACCGGUCCCAAUAAUAGUCUCUAAUACUAUAGACUUAACAAGCCGGAGUCUCCAUCAGCGCUGACGAAAAUCCACCGGGUCCUGCGUUCUGGCGCAAAUGGACACGGGCUGAGAUCGAUAGCUGCGGCACGCACCGUUACUGGACGAUGUGCUCAAAAUGCACAGAUGGCGCAAGGAUCACACGGAGCGCCCCGUGCUGAAAAAGGCGAGUCCAACGCGAUCGGCGAUGGUUCUCGGUAGAGGAGAUUUGAUUGGGGACGCACGGCUCAAGACAUUACCUCAUUCAUCAAUUUGCUCAUAACACGGCAGAUUCCCAAUCUCUCUUGGUGCUCCAGGUCAUUCUUCCCCAACGGGCUUCAGUAGACACAGAGGUUGGCCAGCGUGAUGCAGUUCACUACGGUCUUCACAGUCGUGACAGCCCUGGCGACGUCGUCCGUCAGCGCGUACACAAACCCCAUCGUGAUCAAAAACUACAAAAUGUUCGACUCGAACACUGGCGACUAUUUCGCCGUCAAGGGCGUGGACUACUACCCGCGUCCCAAUUCAGGCGAGCUCAACGUAAACAACUACGACUUCUUCACGGACGAUAACAGCUCCGUCUGGAAGGACGAUAUUGCUUACCUAGCUGAGGCGGGCGCCAACGCCGUGCGCCUGUACGCCGUGGAUCCGUCCAAGUCGCACGACGAUUUCAUGUGCGAACUUCGCAAGUAUGGCAUGUACGCGCUCGUGGAUCUUGGCGCUAGUUGCGAGAAUUGUUCUAUCACUGUGGACGAAUACCCGGCCUGUUACCCGGGCGCGCUCAAGACUCGUGGACAACAGAUUAUCACUGAGUUUGCUCAGUACGACAACACUCUGGGCUUCAGUGCCGGCAACGAGAUCAACAACCUGGUCACGGAUGCCAGCACCAACGCCCCGUGCCAGAAGAAGUUCAUUCGAGACAUGCGCGCCUUCAUCGGCGGGUGCUCGUCCACCAUGCGUAGCAUCCCCGUGGGUGUCGUGAUGGCCGACCCGGAUACCACGAACAACAACCGUGAGCUCAACGCCCAGUACUACAACUGCCGCACGGACUCGUCCGACAAAUACGAAAAUGCCGAAUGGUACGGCCUCAACACGUACCAGUACUGCGACGGUGACGUGACGGAACUCGCCGACGCCGACGGGUUCUCCCAGUUGCUGACGGAUUUCUCUAACUACAGUAUGUCUAUCCCGGUCAUGCUGACGGAGUAUGGUUGCGUGAACCCAAGCUUCCCCACCGUAGGCGAGUACGAGGCGCAGCGCACGUGGCGACAGGCCGGCUGGUUACUAGGUGACAAGUUCCGCGAUGUAUUCUCUGGCGGUUUUGUAUUCGAAUUCGCAACGGAGAUGGCCAACUCGGACGGUUCGGGCUCGUCCACUUCGUCGUACCCGUUCACGACGUACGGCGCGCAAAACUAUGGCCUGGGCUACUAUUCGCCCGAGGACUGCGACUGGAUCGACACUAUGUGCUCGUACAACCCGAUGCCCAACUUCUAUAACCUUUCGACGCAGUACAACGACACGGACUUCUCGUCCGAGUCUUCGUUCGCUGACUUCACGGCCGAUUCGGACCGCACCAAUCCGCCGGACUGCCCGUCGGGCUUCUCCGCUCUUGCGGAUUCCACGUGGGAAUCGGACAGCGUUGAGGACCAGUCCUGUCCGUCAGAGGUGCUCAACUACGAGUGCUCGGGCCAGACGGCCAGCGACUGGACCAGCUACCAGGGCACCACCUCGAGCGCGGCCAGCGGAGGCGCUGCCGAAAGCAGCGGUGAUUCGUCGGAUGCCGAGGCUGUGAGCAUGUCGGUGGUCUCGGCGCUUCUGGUCGGCUCCGCGAUUGUCACCCUGCUGUAAUCCUAAGCGUGUCCGUGAGUGGUAGAGCAAACAAGCAGCGAGCGCUGGUCGGCGAGGAAUAGCCGAUAGAUACCGGAUAAAUAAAACAAGCUGCAAAGAGAUUGUAUUCUAGUGAUAUUAGCAAUGUCAUUUUGCCAAACGCGUCGAGUCACGUUGGCGAAGUCGCCCGUUC